GCGGAGGGUGAGGAAGGAUCAGUUGAUGGGCGGGGCAGCAGCAGCUGCCGCCGCCCGCGGGAGUGGCAAUCAGGGAAAGCCUUUUGGGGAGAUACAUCUGAAGUGGAUAUUGCUUUCAGGUUUCUUCGAUUCGUCCGAGUAAAUCAGAUGACAAAAGGCUGUAUAUAUUUAGUGGGACAAAGACCCUGCACUUGAGAUGUGAUUCUCGCGAGGAUCGCAGUACGUGGAUUGAAGCUUUGAUGUCAGCCAAAGAUCAGUUUCCACGUGCACUGACUAGCAGUGAUUUCUCUCUCACAAUGGAGAUUGCCGUCUCUACAGAGAAAUUGAGGAGCCGAUUGCUGCAGGAAGGGCUGAGCGAAGCAGUUGUUAAGGAAUGCGAGUCUAUAAUGUUAUCUGAAAUGUCCGAGCUCCAGAAUCAGUUAAAGUCUCUGAGGCAGAAACAAAUCAUUUUGCUCGACAAACUUAGGCAGUUGGAGACAGAGAAAGUUGAGCUGGAAACUACAGUAGUGGAUGAAACAAAGGAGCGUGAAGCGCACGGACUGGUAAAUGGAAGAUUCAGCGAUUUCUAUUCAGUUCUAUCAGAGGGCAGUGUGACUGAUUCUGAUGCUGAUAAUGGAAGUCAAGGAGCUGACGGGGAAACUGAUGAAGACGAGGCAAUGUAUUUUGAUACUCGGGAUUUUCUAUCUACUGAAUCUUUAAGAAGUGCAUCAUAUCGUGGCUGUGAGGUUUUGAUUAAUGGCUGUGGUGGUUUGCAAUAUAAUAAAGACUCCUACUUCCAUGAUACUACAAGGGAUAUUGGUAUUGGUGUCAAAAGUAUUGAGUAUCCCUAUGUUAAACGCAGGAAGAAAUUGCCUGAGCCCAAAGAAAAAGAAAAGCCUGUUGGGUUGUGGUCAAUUAUAAAAGAAAAUAUCGGAAAGGAUCUUUCUGGAGUUUGUCUCCCUGUUUACUUCAACGAGCCUCUCUCUUCCUUGCAGAAAUGUUUUGAAGAUCUCGAGUACUCAUACUUAGUUGAUCGAGCACUGGAGUGGGGCAAGCAGGGAAACAACUUAAUGAGGAUUCUUCACAUCGCAGCAUUUGCAGUAUCUGGCUAUGCCUCAACAGAAGGUCGACAGUGCAAGCCUUUCAAUCCUCUGCUUGGGGAAACAUAUGAAGCUGAUUAUCCAGACAAAGGGCUUCGCUUCUUCUCUGAAAAGGUGAGUCACCACCCUAUGAUUGUUGCUUGUCACUGUGAGGGCGAAGGUUGGAAAUUUUGGGGUGAUUCCAAUCUAAAAGGCAAGUUCUGGGGUCGAUCUAUUCAGCUUGAUCCUAUUGGCAUUCUAACCCUCCAGUUUGAAGAUGGAGAAACCUUUCAAUGGAGUAAAGUUACCACUUCUAUAUAUAAUAUUAUAAUUGGUAAAAUUUACUGUGAUCACUAUGGUACAAUGCGCAUCAAGGGCAGUGGCGAUUACUCAUGCAAGCUCAAGUUUAAAGAACAAUCCAUCAUUGAUAGAAAUCCCCAUCAGGUGCAUGGGUUUGUGCAAGAUAACAGAACAGGGAAAAAAGUUGCUAUAUUGAUGGGAAAGUGGGAUGAAGCGAUGUACUAUGUUCUUGGGGAUCCAAGUAUAAAACCAAAGGGGUAUGAUCCCAUGUCAGAGGCUGUGCUUUUAUGGGAGAGAGACAAGUCUGUGACUCAAACACGUUACAAUCUUACUCCUUUUGCUAUAGCCCUUAACGAGUUAACGGCCAGCUUGUUAGAUAGGUUGCCUCCAACAGAUUCUCGCUUGAGACCAGAUCAGCGGCAUUUAGAGAAUGGUGAAUAUGAUCUGGCAAAUUCAGAGAAACUCAGGCUUGAGCAAUUACAAAGACAGGCUAGGAAAUUGCAGGAGAAAGGAUGGCAACCAAGGUGGUUCAGAAAAGAUAAUGACGAUGACUGUUAUAGAUAUGUUGGUGGAUAUUGGGAAGCAAGGGAAAAAGGGAAAUGGGAUGGAAUUCCAGAUAUAUUUGGUCAGAGUGAGGCAAUGCAAAGUGUAGAGUAAGAGUAUCUUUUAUCUCUUAUAUAGUUUCAUUUUCCUUCCAAGUUCCCUUGUAGCAUUCCCAUGUUGACUCGGGAACCCUGCUUGCUCACAGGAAUAUAUGUAAGGAUAUUAAAUAGCACAACUAUAUAAGUUGGCGUUAGAAAUUUCAGUAAGAAUGCAGCUGUUCAACUUCAGUUGGUGCAUUAUUCUGUUCUCGAGAUGACUAAUUAAUCUGUUAUUUAUUUUCUUAUAAAAUCUUAUUAACCCAA